UUUUUACCUUUUUUCUUCUAACUUGCUCUUCUGUCCCGUUUGUCCUUUAGAUUGUGUAUUUGACCAAAUACUCAACUCCACAGAGGAAGAUCUCAAAGAGGCAAGGGAGAUUCUAACAAAGAUCGUCGAACGUAAACACUACAGAUGUCUGGGUGAAAUCAAGCCUAAAACAAUCCCAAACAAGGAUGAGAUAUCUCAGGUGACAAAGAAUCUGGCUGCAGCUCUCCCAUUCCCACGACAGGAAGCUCAGGCUGACGGGCUGACACAGGAGGACUUUGUCGUUUUGUCUGCUACUAUGGACUAUGGGAGUGGGGCGGAGGACCCCAUCAAUAGUAUGGACUUCUACAGCAAGAAAAAACCUAACCAAACAUUCAAAAUCAAGAGAGAACAGGUGUCCAAGCUUCUCCCAGAGAAGUUCUCUGAGACGCUCUUCAGGGUUUACAGCAAAAAAAUUGAUCCUGAAAGUCUGGAAGCUGCCAGGGGACACUUUGCCGAGUUGAAAUCAGUGUGGAGCGACUGACCCGUCACAGUAUCUUGAUGAAUCGGAAGUUUGGGAAAAUGGAAGUUAAACCUGAAAAAAUAAAGAAAACACUUCCUGGCACUCCUUGGUUCAUACUGAUUGAAGGUGAUCGAGAAAUUUGAUCAAAUGAGUGAUUUAACAACUUAAAAGUGAAUUAGGAUGCAUUAUGCACAAUUGGGCCAUAUAUGCAGUUUUUAGAGCCCUGUUUAAUAUUAUACACUAAUCUAAGUGCAAAUGUGAUCAUUUUAAAUCAGCUUUAAUUAAGAAUCACUGUUUAAUACCAUAUUAUGGCUAAUUGAAAUGUAAUGUUAGGUGUGAUUUAGGGAUUUUAAAUAUUUAGUGGUGUUUGUUUAAGAUAUCCAUUUUGUGAAUUAAUGUGGUAACCUGAUUAGAUAUUAUUUUUAAUUUAUUCAUGUUUGAUUAAAGAUUGUUUUGGGUGUAUGUCUUUGAUUUUAAUCUAUCAAUAUGAAAUCAAUAUCAUUACUAUUACCAUUAUAUAUUACUAUUCAUACUGUAGUUAUACAAUAUAGCUUGCUUCCUUCAAUGUAACCAUCUGUAUGAAUGUGGUUAACUUAGGGUAUAUUUCUGUUUAUGGUCAUGGUGUGAAAAUGUUGUAAUUUGUCAUCAUGGGACUUUUGAGGAAAACCUACAACAUUGUUUUUAACUUUGUUGCUGUUGAGAUUGGGUUAAUAAAAAAGUGUUUCUUCUUAAUUUGAAAUCAAUUA